AUGAGAAUUCGCAGGGGCUUCAAUGCGCGAGAACUUCUUGCUUCUCUGGCGUCAGACUCACGGGCAUACCAAUACCGCCCGUUGCCUUCGCCUAUUUCUAUCCGCCUACUUGAAGUCCAUGCUGCCUCACCUUUUCUUGAUAGCAGUGGGGGCAUAGCAGUCUCACUACGCACGUUUUCUGUCGAAAACGCCCCUCCGUUCCAAGCCCUGUCUUACACAUGGGGCUAUCCGUUGAUUCCAGAGUCCCGACCCUCACGGAGCAGCAACUGGCGCCGUCUUGCGUUUGUGCAACGGGUACAGGCUAGGACUCCCCGUCUGCUCGACCUGGAUAGCCAUCACGGUAUUCCUGGAACCAGCAUCGGGACAUCGUCUCCCUCCACUUCCCAAUCUCAGAACCUCCCGGUGCUGCGCACAAGAAUCACGGAAAACACUCCGUGUUUCCCGGUGAAGUGCGAGGGUCGCAAUAUCCGCGUGACGGCAAAUCUACAUGAUGCGCUUGCCAUGCUGGCGCGACGGCGCAAUGCUACUUCGGGGCCCAAAUACAUUUGGGUGGACGCCCUGUGCAUCGAUCAGUCCUCCCUGGCGGAGCGAAAUCAGCAAGUCAACCUGAUGGCGGACAUCUUCAAGGCGGCGCAAGGCGUGGUUGUGUGGCUCGGUGAAGAGGAUGAGUUCACGCAGGACGCGUGCACGGUAAUGGAAAGAAUUGCGGCUGUUCCCAGGGAGAAGUGGCCCGGAGUUCCCUAUACAGGCUUUUACGACAAGGACGGCUCUUGCUACCACGAGCUUGGGAUUGAGCCUUUGAGCUAUCAAAACUGGCUGGGUUUAAUCGCAUUCAUGAACCGCCCCUGGUUUUCUAGAUCCUGGGUGGUCCAGGAGCUGGCGCUGGCGAGAAAGGCCACUGUCAUCUGUGGGAGUCGAGUGCUGCCGUGGGAGCAACUGGCCAAGACGAUUGAAUUCAUCCGUGCCACCAAAUGGUAUCAUCACUUAUCCACCGAGAAGAUGCGGCAUAUUCCUGGGUUGGGGAGUUCAGGAGCGUAUAAAAAGCUUUUAGCAAGCAAUACCAGGUUCGGGCUGGAGCCCGUGUAUCUCAACAACACACGGAAUGCGCUGCAGUCGUAUUCCCAGCGGGAAGAUAACGGCAGCCCGUCGCUCAGGAUACUAGUGGACACGCAUAGGUAUACCGCCGCGACUGAUCCUCGAGACAAGGUAUACGCUUUCCUGAGUCUGUCGAAUGCAACAAAGACGUCCCCAGAGAAACCCGACAGGAUCAAGCCAAACUAUCAGACUCCCGUCCACAAAGUAUACACAGAGGCUGCAUGCACUCUGCUCCGGGGUACGCGGAAUCUGAACCUGUUAUCCCAUGUGCAGGACCGAUCUUCGACCAAAAUCAAAGGUCUUCCAUCUUGGGUUCCGGACUACUCUGUGCCUCUUUCGCCGUAUCCGCUUGAAUUCCGAGGGAAAUGCAACUGGUCGGCCUGUGGAAAUCUGAAAUGGAAGGCACCCCGUGACGAGACGAUGCUCCUCAGAGGCCUUUUGCCAAUACAAGGCUUCCACAUUGAUACCGUCGCCGAGAAAGCCGUCAUGCCGCACGAAGCCACAGAUGCUGGAGAGCCAUGGGCCAGCAUUGUGAAUCUCGUUUUCCACCUGCCGAAUCCCUAUUCUAUGCCACCAAUUCGGAGCGCUCCGAUCUCCCGCCUCGACGUCCUCUGGCGUACGCUGACCACAAACACGUAUUCUCGGCAACAUCCAGCUCCUUCUGAAUGUGGAGCCUUAUUCAUCGACUAUAUUCUCAAUCUGCAGAUACGACACCGUUUGGCCCCGUGGUCAUCGCACGACACUGAUUUUCAACCACAUCAAACACCCAUCUCUACCCUCACCAAUCCCGAUUGGCACGGUCUCCUGGCGUCUGAGCCUGCAGAUUCUCCGUACAAUCUCUCUUUCUAUCGCGAUCGAUUGACUGCGUUGGUCGAGAAUAUGUUGUCAAGCGAUUCAUACACGCCGCUUGAUCUUGCUCAAUUACAUCAUGAUAUCGAGCACGGGUCUGGAAGAUCGCGAAGGCUGUUCCGGACGAAAGACCUAUUGCUCCUUGGCACGGGCUCUCGCUCUCUCCAGACAGGAGAUGAGGUUUGGAUUCUGGGAGGCGGUAAGGUACCGUACCUCCUUCGUCCUGUUAAUAGAGAAACAGAUGGUCAAUAUCUGGGUGAGAGAACCCAUCGUUUGGUUGGCGAAGCAUAUGUCCAUGGUCUGAUGCACGGCGAUCCACACCGUUUCGAUCUGGACAUGGUGGAGACAAUUUUGGUAUAA